UUCCCUCUAUAUAAUCCCUUCCCCUCUUCUCCAUCCUACACCUCCCCUAUUCAUUUACCUUACCCCCACAAGUUAUUACAACACUAAAGUUUCCCUAAUGGAGCUCGACGUCACACUCGAUUUCGAGGACUACUUCCCGUCGAUGAUGGAGAGGCUCGGAGCGGAGGGGUUCAUAGGUGAGCUCUGCAACGGGUUUCAGCUGCUCAUGGACGGCGAACGGGGGCUGAUAACGUUCGAGAGCUUGAAGAAGAACAGCGUUAUUCUGGGGUUGAAUGACAUGGGGGAUGAUGAGAUCGUUUGCAUGUUGAGCGAAGGGGACUUGGAUGGAGAUGGGGCAUUGAACCAGGUUGAAUUUUGCAUUCUCAUGUUUAGGUUAAGCCCUGGGUUAAUGGUGGAUAAUAAUAUUAAUAGCUCAAGGCAAUGGAUGGAAGAAUAUAUAUGAUUAUGAUGUUAUGUACAU